AUGGGAUGCUGGAUGAAUGAAAGUUUGUCAGUUCUCUUAUUACUGGUGUGGCUGGGAUUGAAUUUAUAUUUGUUUAUUGACACAUUCUACUGGUAUGAAGAAGAGGAUGCUUACACUUAUACACGGGUUAUGCUGGGGUCAGCACUGGCUUGUGCAAGAGCUUCUGCAACGUGCCUGAAUUUUAAUUGCAUGUUAAUCCUGUUACCAGUCAGUAGAAACCUUAUUUCGUUCAUAAGAGGAACCAGCAUUUGUGGAAGACAGGCAUUAAGGAGACAACUUGACAAAAGCCUCACAUUUCACAAGGUGGUUGCCUAUGGAAUAGCUGUAAAUGCAAUCAUACAUAUUGUUGCACAUUUGGUCAACAUAGAGCGAUAUCAUAUAAGCCAGUCAAAGGAAGCAGGCGAGUUACAAAAUAAACUUUCUGGACUUGGCAAGAACCCAAAUGAAAGCUACUUGAACCCAAUCAGAGAUUAUGAAACAAACACAACAGCUGAGAUACUAACUACUAUAGCUGGAGUAACGGGCGUUGUAAUCACUGUGACUUUAGUUCUGAUCUUGACUUCUUCUACAGAGAUCGUCAGACGGUCAUUCUUUGAGGUGUUCUGGUAUACCCAUCACCUAUUCCUGCUUUUCUUUAUUGGUUUGGUUAUCCAUGGAAUGGGUCAGCUGGUCCGAGGUCAGACACCUCAGAGUCUGUUGCUACACAAUGUCACUUAUUGUAAAGAUCACUACUCAGAAUGGGAGAAAGCUACUCAGUGCCCUUUGCCACAGUUUUCAGGCAACCAGCCUGUGACUUGGAAAUGGCUUUUGGGUCCCAUGGUGUUGCAUAUCUGUGAACGGAUUGUUAGAUUCUGGAGAUCUCAGCAAAAAGUGGUCAUUACAAAGGUAGUGACCCAUUCCUCUGGAGUCCUUGAACUUCAUAUGAAGAAAUAUGGCUUUAAAAUGGAGCCUGGCCAGUACAUUUUUCUACAGUGCCCUUCCAUAUCAAAGUUGGAGUGGCAUCCUUUCACACUCACAUCUGCUCCUGAAGAGGAAUUCUUUAGUGUGCAUAUCCGGGUUGUUGGUGAUUGGACUGGAGCUCUGUUCAAGGCCUGUGGAGCAGAGGAAAAAGCCUUUAAGGAACCCUGGAAGCUACCAAGACUGGCUGUGGAUGGACCAUAUGGAGCUGCAACUACAGAUAUUUUUCACUAUAAAGUCAGCAUGUGUAUUGCAGCAGGAAUAGGAGUCACUCCAUUUGCCUCUGUUCUAAAAUCCAUCUGGUAUAUAUGCUGCAAUCCUAAUACAGAACUGAUAUUGGAGAAGGUUUAUUUCUAUUGGAUUUGCCGAGAUCCAUCUGCCUUUGAGUGGUUUGCUGAUCUCCUGUUCUUGUUGGAAACACAAAUGGCUGAGAAAAGAAAAACCCAUUUUCUAAGUUAUCACAUAUUUCUUACUGGCUGGGACGAAAGUCAGGCUACUCAUAUAGCCCUACAUUAUGAUGAAAAGAUGGAUGUAAUUACUGGUCUGAGACAGAAGACCUUCUAUGGAAGGCCAAACUGGGACACUGAGUUCAGGCAAAUAGCAGAAAAUCAUCCUAGCAAUAGUAUCGGUGUAUUCUUCUGUGGACCCAAAACUCUCUCCAAGAGCCUUCAAAAAAUGUGCAACUCAUACUCAUCUGUUGAUCCAAGGGGUGUUCAUUUUCACUACAACAAUGAAAGCUUCUAGACUGUUUUUUAAAUUCUAUAAUUGAUAUUAGUAUACAAUGUGUUUUGUUUUCUUUUUCAUAUUCCCCCUCAUGCUGAUUUCAGGCCAGAUCUUUAAAUGGUAUAAUUUAAACUAUUUGCUCUGACUUCAAGGAAACUAUGAUAAUUUG